AUGAAAACAGCGACAAUUUCAAUCAUCUGGCAUACAACUGCCGGUUUGCUACUGCUGAAAUUUUGUGUUGAUUCCCAUCCUGUUAAACAUUUCUGGAUCAUUUUUGGCGCUUUCAGCGUCCCAACAUUACUGCUACAAGCUGCUACAUUUUUUUCCUGGAUUAAUUUUAGCGUUUUUUGUUAA